CUCCCUCCAUAUAUUUAUUGUUUCUAAAAUUCUCCCCCAAUAAUUAUUCCUUUUUUUGGCUUCAAUUUUUAUUGUGUUUAAUCUCUCUGUUUUCUCCUCCUGCUUUCUGAUUCUGGGUUUAAUUUAGUUCUCGUUUCUCCCCCCCCCCGAAAUAGCCAUAAAAAUUGGAUCCACGUCGAAGAAGAGAAAAUCCGACGCUACUCGGCUGGACGAGAUGGAUCGGAGCAUGUACAACACCUUCUGUAGCGCUGCUAACUCGCUUUCGCAGCUUUAUUCUCAGGCCAUGAACCACCAGCGUGUCUCUUUCCAGGCCGGCGAACGUCACGCCCUGGAGAAGCUUUUUCAAUGGAUUUUGAGGCAGCAUGAAGAAGGGACAAGGGUGGCAAUAGCUGAUAUAGUUGCUCAUUUGCAGAAUGAACUUGAAUACGGGGAAGAAGAGUCUCCAAUGUCCCCCAGGCCUCCAUUCCACCAGAACCCUCAAACCACGACACACAUGAAUGCUCCGAGCGCUCCCCUUUUAUCUACCCUGAUUUCAGCAUCAACAAAUGGACAGGGAGAUCGUUCUGGGGAAUAUCGAGGAAAGAACCCGGAAUUCUCAAAUGCAAUUUCGAACCCGAUUCAAGGGAGCCUUCAGCACUACCAGUCAUUCCACCAGGUUGGUAACCAUUCAAACAAUGUCGUAUCUUCUUCUGCCGAUAGACAUCAAAACGACAAGAUCAAUUAUAGUCACCAGCAGAAUGGGGAAGCCGAUUCCUCUAUCUUCAGUGAUUACAUGGACAUGCCUAUGCAUGCUGAUAGUCCAGUCUAUGAAUAACCCUUUCUGAAUUCCCCCCUCUAAGUUUUUGUUCAACCCUGGUUUAGUCUAGCAAACUCUAAAUUCGCUGCAUAUGUA